CUUAGGUCAACAAACACCGAGCAGCAAGAACGUCACUUCAAUGCCUUUUCAAGUAUCUCUGCAGCAACAUCAAGCAGAAGACCAGGUGAACUCAUAACCCCUGGAAUCAUUAGAAUGCAAGCUGAGGUUAAGUCUGAGGAGAGCAAGCAGCGAGACACAGUGAAAGAACAAGAGUGUAGACUUUGGAAGCUGGUAUGCUGUUUGCCUAAAGCACAAAACACCAUCAUACCACACAGAAUCAUACUUAAGUACCCACAUGCAUUUCAAGCACAUCUUGAAAAAAUAGCUGAUUUACUCCAUUGCGGUGAAGGCACCUGGUGGCAUCAUAUCAUGGCAGGUGUUGAAUUCCUAGAUGGUCCUGAUGAAAAGGAAAGCCAGGAUGAUGGCCCACCACUUCAUCACUUUCGUACUCAUACACUCAAGUCUGGAGAGAAAUACUUAAAAGAUUGUUGGAAGGAGUGCAUAACCAAUGGGAUUCCCAUCCCUCACCCUGCAGUGAGAAUCUAUGACAAUGAAGGCAAUUUGCAAUUCAUAAAAUAUACAGGGUUUCUAGAAGAUGAUGAUUCCACUGAUCAUUAGAGUAGUGACGAAGAAGUAAAUGAAAAUGACACCAUGUACGAAAAUGACAUUUGUGACGUUCAACAAGAUGAUGAAGAACUUGAAGACAUUCAUGAUUUCCAGCAAGUGGGAGAAUAUCUUAUGGAGUGUGAACAAGAAGAAAAUUUGAACGAGACUUGUCAUAACGAAGAAAACUCCUUAACAGAGCAGGAGUUGUUGACACCAAGAAUUGAAAGUCUGGCAGGGAAGGAGCUGACCAAUUCAACUCCUGCAGUUGUUGCUCAGGCUACGUCUGCUGAAUCUUGCCAGCUCAAGACAACACUGGCUAAAUCUGUAUCAGAGGUGUUAGGUGAAACCAAAGAAGUAAAAACACUAGACUCAAUGCAUAUCAAGCUCAAAAGCAACCUUGCAAGAAAAGAAGACUAUGAAGCUGCUUUGGCCAUUGUACCAAAAAUGUUAAUUUCUUGUUCACACGUAAACGUUACUUGA